AUGCAGGACGCGGCAGCCCCUCAGCCUCCCUCCAAGCGGCGGAGGGUUCUUGACGACAGCGCAGAACCCACCUCUCGAUAUGAUACGCCCGACGAGGGCACCGACAAGCCUUCGCUCCAGGUAUCAAUACGCGAAAGGCCAGAAGAGAGCAGGUCAGCCACUCACAGUCCGGGUCGGAGCCGAAGCCGCAGUCGCAGCCCGAGUAGAAGGCGGAGCAGAAGCCGCGCAUACAGCGACCGCAGCACAUCACGAAGCCUGUCGCCUUCACGGUCGAGGUCAAGUUCGAGAUCAAGGUCAAGAUCGCGCUCGAAUUCCAUAUCGAAAUCAAGAUCGAGGUCGACGUCGCACUUAGACUCGCCAUCUGCCUCGAGGUCCCCUACCCCUGUUUCACUUGGCCCAACCCCGUUGGAAACGCCGCAUCAAGGUACUGCCACCACACCUCUGCCCGAGGAAAGGAUAAGACCAAACUUCAAACCCCGUCUCGCACUGGGCGGCCAUACGAAACCGAUAUCUCAGGUGCGCAUAUCUCCCGACGGGCGGUGGAUAGCCUCGGCAUCAGCCGACGGCACCAUCAAGAUCUGGGAGGUCUCGACCGGAAAACACAUGGACACCCUGGUCGGUCACAUCGCCGGGGUCUCGACGGUCGCCUGGUCGCCAGACUCCAAAGUCCUCGCAUCCGGUUCCGACGACAAGGCUAUCCGUCUGUGGGAUAGAGUCACGGGCAGGCCCAAAAGGUCACGACCGCUGCUGGGCCACCACAACUAUGUGUACUGUCUGGCAUUCUCGCCCAAAGGCAACAUCCUGGCGAGUGGUAGCUACGACGAGGCCGUCUUCUUAUGGGACGUACGGGCAGGCAGGUUGAUGAGGAGCUUGCCCGCGCAUAGCGAUCCGGUCAGCGGCAUAGAUUUCAGCCUGGAUGGGACAUUGGUUGUCAGCUGCAGUACCGACGGGUUGACCCGAGUAUGGGACACCCUCUCCGGCCAAUGUCUCCGCACCAUGGUGCACGAGGAUAACCCACCCGUCACGUCAGUCUGCUUCGCGCCCAAUGGUCGAUACAUCCUCGCCUUCAGCAUGGACUCGUGCCUGCGCCUGUGGGACUACGUGUCCGCUCCGGGCCACGUCAAGAAGACAUACCAGGGACAUCUGAACAAGGGUUUCAGCAUAGGUGGUUGCUUCGGGUCCGUCGACCGCGACCAGAACGCCUUCAUCGCCGCCGCCAGCGAAGACGGCGACAUUGUGCUUUGGGACGUCAAGACCAAGGAGAUCGUGCAGAGGAUCGAAAAGGUCCACGACGGCGUGUGCUUCUGGGUCGACGUGCAUGGAGACACCAUGGUCAGCUGCGGACAAGAUGGCACAAUCAAGGUCCUGCGCCACGAGGGUCCUCGGGUACUACCGAAUGGCGCUGCCGACGGAAUCGUCGCUGAAACCGAGCAAACACAUGAUCAGGUAAGCAUGCCUGUGGUGGAGGGAGAGCAGGAUGCUGCCGACAAAACACCGGCGCAAGACCAAGUUGCGAUCAAGGAGGAGCAAUGA